UCUUGUGCUGAGAUUGAUUUGUGUGGUGUAGUUCACUCCAGGUAGGCUCAUUUGCCAUUGUAUUGGCAACUGGACACCCACCAAUAUUUCUUCCCCCCUUUUCUCCACUGUUACACUGCGUUGUCGAUGUUCACUCCCAGAUUCAACGACCUUUCUCGGGAAGCCUCUUACCGCCCCCAAAUCCAGAACUGCGCUGUACGAACUGCUCGUCCGAGGAAGGAUUAGUCUACGCAAAAGUUCACUUACAUGUCCAUGUACUCCAUUUCCAAAACGUCCAGACACCCAUGUGUACACGAGACGAUAGAACAAAGCUGUAUCGAAGAUCCGACGCAGCGCAUCUACUCGCCGAAUUCAACCCCAAAGUUUCAAAAAAGAGACCACGCGCCCUCGUGGCUUAUACGAGGGACAUCGGCGUUCAGGCGGACACUAGUCCUGAACCAACUAUCGUGCAUACGCAGAUAUAACACACCCGUAUACGGCUAACGUACAUGAUACACAUGGCAUCUGCUACGCAAGAAUUCGCUCUAGAUCGUAGGGUAAAUACAUCCUACAGGGGAAUCGCAAUAUGCCAGGAUUUCUCUUGAAUUCUUCCGGGGGUUAGUCUGUAUGAGGGUUGCGCGGACUGCCGGUGAGGUUUGGAUGGGACUGGGAUAAGAGAUGUCGGCUCGGCAGUCCGAGUUUAUGACUCUAAGUGGAUUUGUAGAUAUGUGCAAGAAGCGUAUUCGGGGAAGAUCAUCUAUUCGGGUAGUGAGCAUGUGGGAUAAAGAAUCCUUGGAGAUGUUGUCAUUGUUUUUGUUAGCGCUACUUAUCGGGAUUCAUAUUCCCUUGGUUCCUAAUCCCAACACCAACUAACUCAACCAACCACCACUUGAUUAAUUCCCAGUGAUUCCCUCUACAAAGAAUAUGUGCGAUUCAUUUUCAAUAAGGAAAGGUGAAGAAGAACCCUUUCUCCAUAAUCACCCGUAAAAACGAUCCGCAUACCCGAAGCGGAGCUUCACCGUUGCCCGCAAGCUAGGUACUACUAGAUUCUCCACUAUAUACACUCGACGUACACUAACCUGCUUUGAGCCACUCGAGACACAACCCUUAAAUCGCGUAUCGAACGAACGCCAGAAGGACGAAACGAACGAAAGAUGACACCGAUCAUUGUACAGCCACAUCCGUACCACCACUGUACUAUGUAGUGCACGGCACACGCGCACGCACGCGCAACACAAUACCCCUCGCCAAAUCUCCAGCAAUCAAUCGAAACACCAAGUAGGCAUAUCCUCGCUCACUCGCUUCUUCCUUCCCCAUCUCCCUUUAUCCUACCCUUGCUUGUCGCUACAGGAGAUUCUGCUCGCGAUCGAUCGCGACUCCGUUAUUGUGGCUUCUCACUUCUAUCCCAUCUCCGAGCUAGUUUAGUGGACUUGGUAAUUGUUGGUCUACACGGUAAUAGGGAUGGAUGAGGGGGCUCCCGCUGGGCUGCUCCGCGGCGGCAACGCCGAACUGUUGGUCUGAACAGACGAGGAGAGAUGUCGCUAGCACGAUUUGGCCAAGUGAUGGAAGAAUGACCGUACCUCGGCCAAGUCGGUGUUGAACGAGAGCCUUCCUUUCACGGACGCAUGAGGUUGACGUAUGCAGAUGGAUGGGAGUUAGCCUUGUAUGUCUACGGGUGAAGUCAACUAUAGUGCAACA